GUGAGUGAACGCACAUGUACACGGUCACUCUGCCUAGUCUUUCUAUUGGAAAACGGGUUCAUAGGCGUCGCCUGAUGGUCGAAAUAGAAACAACUUAAGUUGUUGCUGAACUGUUUGGCUUGUAUCAGCCUUCCAUGCAAAAUUACACGUGCACUAUUUUUUUUCUUCUUUGCUUUGCAGCAGACAGUAAUGUUAUGUUUAUUACUAAUAUAUGGUUCCUUGUUAUUAUGUAAGACCAAGGAAGAUAGCUUUUCACUUCGUUUCAUAAAGAAAAAAAAAAUUCCCUCAGCAUGAUUACUUUAGUAACAGUUUUACUUUUUGAGUGGCCUACCCCUAUUCCCAGUCAUUUUGUAUUCUCCUAGCUGAUUUGUACUAGAUUAAGUAAAAUGCAUGAGGAUUUUAAGCAAAGUUCAAGGUGAUCUAUUUUCUCUCUACAGGAUCACAGGUUUGGACAUCUGGAAGGCUCACAAUGGAGCGUGCUGACCUGUUCAGCUGUCCAGCAAGUGGAUACUAGUGGUGGAAAUGUUUCAAUCACAAUAAUAAUCAUCAAUAAUAAAUCUAAAAUUAUUAGGUGAAAAAAAAAGUGGGGAGUUGUUAUGAAGUGAAGGGAGGAGCUGAAUGAUCGGUUGGCCAUCUUUGUAGAAGAAUCAUGUUAACCCUUGUGUGUCGUGUUUACCCUUCGUGUGUGUGUGUGUGUGCGUGCGUGCGUGCGUGUGUGUAGGUGUGUGUGUGUGUGUGGGCAUGCGUGUUUGCCUGCUUAUGUAUGUUUGGAAAUCUCACCUUUUCAGGACAUAGAACUGUACCCAUCAUCACUCAUGCAAACCCAGGGACGUACAGAGCCCAAAAUUCAGCCCGGAAAUUUGAGAUUGGGAGGCCCCCUGUGUGCAUGACCAAAAAACGAACUUUUUUUGUUCCUCCUGCUGUGCAGCGAAGCCCCGAAUACUAAUCACUGAGCGGUGACCAUGAUUUUGGGUCUCAUCAUUUUUGUUGGGAAACACUGUUAUGCAUAAUACAUUUGCCUACCCAGAACUGUUGCCUGACACACUGCAUACCGGUUAUUACUGGUUCCUAUACAAAUACACACACACACACACACACACACACACUCUUGGAGGGUUUAUGCAUUCUUAUGUCCUGGAUGUGUUGGCAGGCGGCGGCGUGGACAGGUGGCAGGCAGUGCACAGAACAGGCGGCUGGCUUGGUGGCAGGAAUGACGUGGGACAGAAACACAGGGGAGCACUGGGAACGAGGACUUAAGUGUCUUACUUGAGUAAGGUGGGCCGUGGUACCGCUUGGAGAAGCUGAAAUACUUUGGCGAGGAUUUCCUGGCACAGGCAGGCUUAAAUACCAGUGGUAAUGAGGCUGAUUGGAGACAGGUCCUGAAAAGAGACAGGGGAGGGGGGAGCGAGAGGAUGCAAAGCGCCCUCCAGGCUACUAUAAUGGAACUGCAGGGCAGUAUAUGACAGUACUAAUACCAAAUAAUUUGCAUAACAAAUUCAUGGUCUGCUAGGUCUUACUUUCCCAUUUUCCCACUGUGGCCACCUGUAGUCGUGCUGCUGGAUCCUUCCUCCACUAAAGAGAUCUGUCAGCUUUGCACAUUUGGUUCACCUUGCUCAAAUAUAUAUAUAUAUUUUUUCCCAUCUCAUUUUUUUCUGCACGACCCAUUUCCUUCCCACCUGCCUUCUUUCUUUUCAACACGCUAUCAUUUAGCAAGUUGCUGAGAAAUGAAAUUUAAAUGAGCCUGAGCCAAUCAGAUCUCAGAAAAAGUGAGGACAAAUCCAGAGUGGUUUGGGGGGAGGGGGUGAAGACGACACCGCUGCUAAAUUGUUGGCCACAACAACAGCAAAGUUCCGAUGAAGUCACGAAUCCAUCCAUUUCCUGAGCCGCUUCUCCUCACGAGGGUCGCGGGCGUGCUGGAGCCUAUCCCAGCUAUCUUCGGGCAGGAAGCGGGGUACAUCCUGAACUGGUUGCCAGCCAAUCGCAGGGCACAUACAAACAAACAACCAUUCACUCACAGUCACACCUACGGGCAAUUUAGAGUCUCUAAUUAAUGCAUGUUUUUGGGAUGUGGGAGGAAACCGGAGUGCCCGGAGAAAACCCACGCAGGCACGGGGAGAACAUGCAAACUCCACACAGGCGGGGCCGGGGAUCGAACCCCGGUCCUCAGAACUGUGAGGCUGACGCUCUAACCAGUCGCCGACCGUGCCGCCAAGUCACAAAUAAUAAAUCAUAAAAAUAUGCUUCAGCCUUGAGGCUAUAAUCCUUACAGGUACUUCGGCCGGUGGCCAGGCCACUCAGCCAGCCGUGUGUAUGCAGCAGCGGAAGCACCUUGGUGUGCGCGACGCGUGCAGCAGGGACGCUCAUGCACGGCUUUCUUGACAAUAGACAGGGGGAAGGCUGGAACGGAUUAUUGGCAUUUCCUAUAAUUUCAAUGGAAAGAAAAUAGAGAUACGACUGUUUCGAGUUACGAGCGUGGUCAUGGAACGAAUUAAACUCGUAUCUCAAGGCACCACUACAUGUUUGUUUUUGUGUGUUGACAUUGAUCUCCAGUGAUUUGACAUCAAUAAAUACACAACAGUGACAGUGUGACAAUGUCAGUGUGAGUUAUUCAUCCACCAACAUUCAUCAUGACAGCGAGAGUUCUUCUGUUGGGACUUGUGCUCAUCUGUGUGGUUGCAGACACAGAGGCAUUCCCACUAAAGCCAUACUGUUGUAAAAUAGAUGGGCCAAUAGUUUGCACCACAAUUUACAACCCUGUGUGCGGUACUGAUGGAAAAACUUACUCCAGCGAGUGUAUUCUCUGUGUCUACAACCAGUCAAUAAACAUGCCAGUUUGGAUUGCCUACAAAGGAGCCUGCUCUCCUGCUUAGCUGCCCAGCAAGUGGAUAUCAACAGUGGAAAUGUUUCAACCACAAUAAUCAUCAUGAAUAAUAAAUGUCUUUGGACAAAUCUGAUAAUUUUUGGGGGUCUCUGGCCCUCCUCCAUCCAAGUCAAAACUUGCCUGAUGUCACCGUCACUCCAUUGGAACUCCCUGACAUUGGAACCAUUGUGUGACAGAGUGUCAAUUAAGGCCCAGUCUACACUAGCCUGGGUGUCAGAUGAUAAAUGUUGAUUUGGCCUGGAACUAGGGUCUGCCCAGAUUCUGUAGCGAAGGUGGUAGUCUGUAUGGUGCACAUGGUGCCAGUGGUGUCAACUGUAUCCGUUUGGGUACGAACCGAACAGGAGUCAAGAAUAGUGUCUGGAGCUGUUACUGCCAUAUCAUCCUUGUGACCUUGCGGCAGAAAAGCUACCAGUCGGGACUCAGAGCCAACCACCAGAAGUUCUCAUCGCACCUCAGUGUGGCAAUAGGCCAGCAGUGGUGGUGUCAUGGGUCCCCUCGCUUUCCUGUCCUCCUUGAGAUCUGCGCUGAAGAGAAGGGCCUCUCGUACUGUCGCCAAUCAAGAAGUCCAUGGAAGUGGACCUGCAGCCAAAACAACCACAUUUGCAGUGACAGCGAACUUCCUGGCCCUGUUUAUUACACUCAACUGUUCCAUGAACUCCAUGAUCCUUCACCCUGCUGCUUCCCCCCCACCCCCUCCCCGUCGUGCAAUACACUCACAUCAACUCUUCCAUUAAUAAUAAUGUACUGUACAUGGGCGGCACAUAUUCUGGCUCCAGACUUCCUGUGCCACCAUAGGAAACAUCCAUCCAUCCAUUCAUUUUCCGUACCACUUAUCCUCACUAGGGUCGCGGGCGAGCUGAAGCCUAGCCCAGCUAUCUUCGAAUGACAGGCGGGGUACACCCUGAACGGGUUGCCAGCCAAUUGCAGGGCACAUAACCGUACACCGUACCGGCAAGUAGGAAACAGACAAAAGGAAAAAUACCUGAAUAAGAAUUUCCCCAUGUUAUUAAGGAAGAAGGCGCUUCUUCAAUAAGGAACUGUAAUCCACCUCCCCUUUAUCUUCUUAGUUAAAGUUAAUUAGAAAUAACCUGUUAUCAUGUUUAUUUAGUGUUUUGUUUCUUUGUAAUAAUGUGUUCAUUUAUUUAUAUAUUGCACUUUAUAUAUUUCUUAACCACACGCUGAUAGUAAAAAUUUAAGUAUAAUUUCAUUUUGGGGCUGGGAUGGAUUAAUUGCAUUUUCAUUCAUUUCAAAUGGAAAUAUUACCUUGGUUUAAGAACGUGACAAACAGGGUCAUGGAAUAAAUAAAAUUUGUAACCUUAGGUUUAACUGUACACUGUAACCAUAUUAGAACUUAAUCUCAGUGUGAUGCUGUGCAAGGCACGCAAUAAACAAAAAUGAUCUACAAGAGGUUAAAUAUUUUUUGUGUGCAUGUUUACUGUCUGAGUGUGUGUUUUUGUGCAUUGACAUUGAGCUCCAGUGAUUUGACAUCAGUAAAUACACAAAACUGACAGUGUGACAAUGUCAGUGUGAGUUAUUCUUUCACCAACAUUCAUCAUGACUGCGAGAGUUACUGAUGGAAACACUUCCGCCAACGUGUGUGCUCUCUGUGCCCACAACCAGUGAGUACACGCAACCUCACGCAACACACAUGAACACUCGCAUGCACGCGUUCACGUUGCAUGUCUGCAAGUCUUUCCGUUGGAAAGUGGUUCACAGAUGUCACCUGGUGGCCAAAAUAGAAACAACUACAGUUCUGAUUCUGAACUCUGAUUGGUUGGUAACAGCCUCCCACACAAAAUUAAAC